AUGCGAAAGAAGUUGACAGAUCGUAUAGACGACAAGGAUACUGGCGUCAGAGUCCAGGCCGUUGUAGCACUAUCCAAGUUUCAGGCAGGAUGUGAUGUCGGAAAUGUGACAGUCGUGAAAAUUCCUUCAGUAUAA